CUCAGGCUCGCAACAAUUGCAAAAUGCAGCUUCAGUUGCAUAGAGUGGGCCUCAAGACGAGAAGGCCCGAGAUGAGGAAGCGCAAAGAACCCUGAGAUCUCUAUCAUCCUUCACCCAGUGGUACCGCGGACGAUGCCUACAGCAAAGAGGCCAACGGCGCCUGGCAAGGCUCCCCGUAGGGAUCCUCUGGCUUCACUGAGACUGGCUGAUAUGGUCAUCUCGAAGCCGGUUCUUCCAGCAGAGGUUGUGGCUGUGGUCGCUGAUUACCUUGAUGUACCGGAUUUACUUCGAUUCGCUCGAACCUCACGGCGCAUGCAUGAAAUGGUCUAUGACGAAGCAAGAUGGGUUCGGAGACUAAAAGCCAUGGGAUGCUGGAAUGAUGCGGAAGCAAGAAAAAGAGCAGAAGCCAACAAAACACCUACAACUCCUGGUCGAAGACGGAGUACGAUAGACCGGAACGUGGUGAACGGCAAAGGGAGACCAGAAGUACUGUUCGAUGUCGACUCGUCUCCUAUUGCGCAACGGCGGCAGACGAACAUGCUUUCACCUCUUCGCCCUAGACCAGCUGCUGAUGGCUUUGACGUCGCCGAAUUGGCCAGUCCCAAGACCAUGGUUUCUCCAGGCCUCCCCGUCGACCCUGAUACAGUCCUAUCAGUUUACCAACGUGCCAAGUCAAUAAGAGGUCAAGCCAGGCAAGAGUACGGCAAGAUCUACAAGCUCUUGGCGCCAUACUAUCGCGAUCUGUCUUACACAUCCAAUCCAAUGGAAAGCCGUAUCUUCAAGGAUUUCAGUGUGCCUGAUCAGCAAGCCCAGCUUCUGGCUAACCUCAGAACCUUCUCUGCAAGCGACUUCUCCCCAGAGUCAGGCAAACGAGAAAGACGGGUGCAGGAAGCAGUAGACACGUUGGACAGAGCCGCGUUACUCGAGUUUCGUAAAGGUUACGAGUACAAAGACAUCCAGGGCAGGAUGCGUCAAUAUGCACGUGUCAUGCACAUUUUGAAUGGCGGCAGGACUGCUGUGGAUUUGUUUUUGCACGACAAUCAGCUCAUCAACCAGAGGGCAACGCUCGGAGGUGUCUCCGAUUGUAUCGAUUAUUCUUUAGGCCAUGGGCAGCUUUCCCUCGAGAAGGUUCAUGCCUAUUUUGAAAGGCUGGGCACUGCAUACAGCCAGGAAAACGCAAUCGUGGAAGCUGUGUUUCCGAAUGCAAAGGAAGUGUCCUUGCGCCUAAUCGAGGAGGUAGCAAAGGACAUCCUUGCACCGUUCUUGUCGUCCUUGUUCGAAGAUGCUCAAGCGCGGAGCACAUCCUUGUACCUUCGAAUCAUGUCAGGUACAUUCGCUGCUACGAGUCAGUUUAUUGAGGACUUUGCUCUUCCAAAUGAUGCGGAUGAGACCACAAUAUCCCGGUGCAAUGCGAUUGUAGCUGAUAUAUACGGACCCCAUCUGGAAAAAUAUCUAUCGGAAGAGUUAGCCUUCUUCCGGCACAAAGCUGACGUGGAAGUGGAACAAUGGGAUCGAGCACUUUCAGAACAAGAUGCUUCUACGGAAAGCUUCUUGAUGUCCAACGUCAACCGACAAGCAGACAAGAAAGACUUUAUGUCAUCGUUCAAGAAAGUGGUGAUGAUGCCAGUCAACAUCCUCCCUAGCUUUUCAGGCCCUCCAAACACCAAACCCACUGCCAAAGCCCUCGUCAAUGGGGAAAGUGCUACUGCAUCUCGACCAUCCACACCUAACCUCUCGAUGCCGCGGACCGCAACACCGUCCUUAUCGGCUGAAGCACCAUCCAGCGAGUUGGCAGCGAAAGCAGCCCUAAUGAACAGUAAACUGGAAAACAUUCGGUCGCUUUUCUCCAUCGAAGUAGCCCUUAAUCUCGUGCACGCAGCGAAAUCCUCGCUCGAGCGAGCCGUCCAGUUUAUCAGUCUCGUUGGCGAAGCAGGAGAAUCGGCACGCAAACAAUGUUCCGCCAUCUUCGUCCUGCUUCUUCACUCUGUCGGCACUCGCCACGUCAAAGCCGGCUUCGAUAAAGCAAUUGACCACCUAUCAACCUAUAACCCCCGUGAGACCAACACCAACCCGGACAACGACAUAGCUCAGGUCGCUCCUCUGGGUACAUUCCUCGAGCUCGUCAACGUGGGCGACCUCAUCCAGCAAAUGCUCGAUGUCUUCUACGAGUCCGAGCUGGUUCGACUCGGCAUCUCGAAGCGCGAUGACUUUCUCGACACCAACGUCAAGGAGAAGCGCAAGUUCGAAGCCAUGCUCGACGAACGCGUCGCCGCGGGCCUGGGCAAGGGUAUCGACGCGCUCAUCAAUGAGGUCGAAUAUAUAUGCGCGACCACGCAACUCCCCACCGACUUCUACCCGGAAUUAGCCAACGCGGAUGGUCUCGGCGGAAACAAGGCUAGUGCAAUGGUGAUCGACUUCUCCGGCCGUCCUACAGCCACAGCGUCGCGCGUAAUCGCCCUCGUGUCGCACCACACCAGCAUGUUGACUGGUGCCACGGAAAAGAGUCUUUUGGAUGUCUUUACGGCCGAAGUCGGUCUACGGCUAUUCACCGCGCUGACGAAGCAUAUCAAGCGUCAACGCGUUUCGACGCUGGGCGCCCUGCCGCUACUGUCCGAUUUGACAGCAUAUGCGAACUUUGUGGCCCAGUUUCGCAAUAACGAUCUGAGCAGUUACUACAGUGCGUUGAGAGAGGUUGCUCAGAUCUAUCUGAUCGGCGGGGAGAGUGAAAGGGAUGUUUCGGAGAUGGCGACCAUCAUUUCGGAUGGCGAGAGGUAUAAGGGUGUAUUCACGGUGGAGGAGGUGGUUGAAUUCGCUGAGCGGCGGAGUGAUUGGCUGCAGGUCAAGGGACGUGUGGAGGGGAAGGUCAAGGGGGACAGUUGUAUAGUGAUGUAGAUCAUAUGCGAUGAGGAUGGGGACGAGGUCCUAGUGGAAGGAGGUGGCAGUCAUGAUUAUGACGAGAGGACGACGUGAUGAGAAAUGAUAUGUUUAAGCCAAGGAUGCCUCCAUUCAUAUACCACUAUGAUAGUGCUACUGUAUCAGGAUGCCCUCACGUUUCUGCUGGAUACGGG